UUUUUGUUGGGAAUAAAAUUGAUAAAUAAAUUUUCGGAUUGAGUUUGGAGGAGGCGAUAAUGGAGGGCUCGAGAGGAGAAGAAGCGCAGAAACAGCAGGAGUUUGCUUUGGCUUCCAUUUCUGAGCUUGCGUCGUCGUCUUCUUCUUCUUCUUUGACGCCUGCGGUUGCUCGGUUUAGCGCCGAAGACGGAGUUGUAGAGCUUGGAUUUCAGCAGGAGGCUGAGUCCGAUGCUCGCGUCAAUGUCGAUCUUCAAACUGCUCAGCUAUUCAAGUUAGGCCCCGUGCAGUCAGUUUGCAUAUCUCAAGGUUCUGAUACGGGCACAGAGAAACUGUUUUCAAGGGGAGUCACUAUCCAUUUUAAAAAUGAGGAGGAGAGUGGAGCCUUCCAUAAUGCAUUUGAGCAGUGGAAGAAGGACUUUAUUGUUCAAGGAAAGAAACUACCAAAUGGAGAAAUAUCAUCUUCCAAAAGCAAGUUUGACGAUAAAAUAGAGCCAUCUUCUGCUAAAAUGUAUUUCCACUACUAUGGACAAUUGCUACAUCAACAGAACAUGUUGCAGGAUUAUGUUAGGACAGGAACCUAUUAUGCUGCAGUAAUAGAAAAUCGUGUGGAUUUUACGGGUCGUGUGGUGGUUGAUGUUGGUGCUGGUAGUGGUAUUUUGUCGUUAUUUGCUGCUCAGGCUGGUGCUAAGCAUGUUUAUGCUGUGGAAGCAUCUGAAAUGGCAGAAUAUGCUCGCAAGCUAAUUGCAGGGAACCCUUCACUGGGUCAAAGGAUAACAGUAAUCAAAGGUAAAGUUGAGGAGGUUGAAUUGCCUGAGAAAGCAGAUAUUCUUAUCUCGGAGCCAAUGGGCACCUUGUUAAUUAAUGAAAGAAUGCUGGAGACCUAUGUCAUUGCAAGAGAUCGGUUUCUUCAGCCAAAUGGAAAAAUGUUCCCUACACUAGGAAGGAUACACAUGGCACCUUUCAGUGAUGAAUAUUUGUUUGUUGAAAUUGCAAAUAAGGCCCUCUUCUGGCAGCAACAAAAUUAUUAUGGUGUUGAUUUGCAACCGUUGUAUGCGUCUGCAUUCCAGGGAUAUUUUUCACAGGUCUAUAUUAUUUCUUACACAUCUCUAAAAUUUAUUGGAAUUUAGUGUGCCAUCCAUUUUUUUGUUGAACAAGCUUGAUUGUCUGCAACCGAUGUACUUUGAGAUAUUGUUCUCUUUUUGUAACUAUGAUUCCCAUGCCUAGGU